AAGCCCUGAUUAUUCGAAUUUCCCCAAAUCUCUUCUCAAUAUUCCCGUCUAGGGUUCUUCGAAGAACACCAUCAGACGCGCGCGAGCUGUUGAUUUCUCCAUAGCUUCGGUCGGCGAUAGCUUCAAGCAUGGCUGACGAUGAAGUAGUGAACCCUGAUACAUUUGCAUUAUUUAUACAUCAUGGAGGUCACUUUGAGGAUUAUGGGGGGUUUCCGGUUUAUGCUAAGGGUUUUUACUUGGGGCUUUUCGACUUGGUACCUAGUACCUUUGAUUAUGCCAAACUUUGUCGUGCUGUAAAGUAUGUAGGAUAUGGGUCAUGGACUAACCUGUUUUUUAGGUAUCCUAGAACAAAUACUUUUGUUAAGAUUGUAGGGGAUAGUGAAGUUAAGCAAAUGUUGAAUCUUUUGAAUGAGGGGAUAUCUGUGGUUAGUGUGUAUGUGGAAGGGGGCAUUGAUAGUGGCUCUAGUAGAUUGCAAAAUAAUAUAGGGAACAUUGAUGUAACACACAAUGCAGUGUUUACUGAUCCAAGAGAAAGAAAUGAGCAAGUAAACAAUGACUUUGUUGAGGGUAGUUUAAUACAGUCAGUGAUGAUAGAGCCUGAAAUUGAGCUAACCCAGGUUGGGGAUGGGGAAUUAAUACAAUUAGAAAAUCCAGUCCACAAUGAAGAUGAAGGGAUGGUUAGUGAUGUUGAUAACUUAGAUGACAUAUUGGAUUCUGUUGAACAAGAGUAUAUUGAGAAGGAGGGAGUGGAAAAAUAG